AUGCAUUGGCAUAAGGGCGGAGCGACAGUGACUGGAGGGAAGGAAAGAGAUGGAGCGCAGGCCACGACAGUUGGGGAUGCGCAGGCUGGUCCUGGCUUGACCGUCUUGGCGGGCCGUAGCUUGCGCAUUCGGUGGUGGUCCGAUCUAGAAGAUGAGAUCGAUGAGGAAGAGCUAGUUGUUCCUCGAAAUGUUGUUUCCUCCGCUUGGGAGGCAAAUCCCAGCAAUCAUCCAACCAUAUACGGCGUCCUUCGAAUUGCAUUGAAUCUUAAGCAAGCUCUCUUGAGCACACCUGACUCGAACGGGAGGACACUUCUUUCGUAUGCAGCAUCCAUUGGUUAUCUUGAAGGGGUUCGCCACAUACUGGACAACUUCGACCAAGAAGCAUACAAAAGAGACAAGAUCGGCGGGUCUUGUCCAAUUCACUGGGCAGCCAAGAAAGGCCACGUUGGAGUCAUCCAAGAGAUUCUGGAACGCUUUCCUGAUUCGAUGGACAUACUUAAUGGCUGGGACCAGAACGUCCUUCACGUGGCUGCAAAGUCGGGGCAAACUAAUGUUGUUAGUCAUAUUCUUCAAAAACCCGAUCUUCAGACGCUUAUCAAUGAAAGAGAUAUAAAGGGAAACACCCCAUUACACUUGGCUGCACUGAAUCAUCAUCCCAGGGUAGUUAGCAUUCUGACAUGGACAAGAGGGUCAGCCUGGGGUGAAGAACGACGACGGUCACACCGCUUUAGAUGCUUUACAUCUCUAUGGCGAGGAGUGGCCCUCAUUUCGACAGGGAUUCUGCACUGCAGUCUGCGGUUAACAUGGAUGGCACUGAAACAAGCCAAUGCACCACGAGGGCAUUCCAGGAUUACUCCUAGGUGCCCAUAUUGUAAUAAGGUUCCGUUGGAGAGGGUAAACACGUUGCUGCUGAUGGCAACGCUUGUAACUACGGUCACCUUCGCUUCUGGUGUCGCUUUGCCAGGUGGGUUACAUGACACGGGCUCUCAUCGCAUGGGCACUGCAGUUCUACUUAGAAAGGCUGCAUUCCAGGUAUUCUUGAUAAGCGACACCAUAGCCCUUUAUAGCUCCAUUAUCGCCACCCUUAUACUCGUGUGGGCGCAGCUGAAUGAUCUGAAUUUGGCCGUUAAUUCAUUGAACUAUGCAUUGCCUUUGUUGGGGCUAUCCCUCACGAUGGUUUCACUAGCAUUCAUGGCGGGGGUUUAUGUUAUGGUGAGCAACCUUGUUGGCAUGGCUUGGCUUAUCUUGGUCCUGGGCUCAAUCUCCAUCAUUUUUAUAAUGAUGUUGUUGGUUCUACACCUCCUUCCAUCUUCCAUAAACAAUCAGGUGUUGCGCUAUAUAGUUUACUAUCCAUUUUGUCUUCUGAUAUUGCUUUCCAAAAGCAACGCUGAUGAGGUCGAUUCAGAUGAGCUGUGA